AUGCACCAAGUAAUUCCUUACAUGUCACCGCAGAACAACAACAUGAAGAAGAAUUAUUAUAACAAGAAGGAGAAGGAGAAUAAUCCUUGUAUGCUUAAAAUGGUUUCUGAGAACGCUGUGAUAGUGAUUGGAAGACACGGUUGCUGCAUGACCCAUGUGGUGAAACGUCUUCUACAGAGUCUAGGUGUUAACCCCGUGAUUCAUGAGGUGGAGGAAGAGAAAGAUGAAGUGUGUGUUGCAAAAGAAUUGGAAUCGAUAAUUGAAGGGAAAGAUAAUGUGCAGUUUCCGAUGGUGUUUAUAGGUGGUAGGUUGUUUGGUGGAUUGGAUCGUGUUAUGGCUACUCAUAUUUCUGGUGAAUUGGUUCCAUUACUUAAACAAGCUGGAGCUUUGUGGCUAUGA